AUGGUGAGCACGCCCGUGGACAAUGCUCCGGCGUUUUUACAAUUACGAGACAACUACAAACAAGAGUUGGUGGAAGACACGCGAUCGACCAAAGCGGCGGAUUUGGCCGCCAAACAACAUGUGCUCUCGGCCAGUGAUGCCCCCGAUGCGUGGAAACGGCCUCAAUUCAAAGCCAUGGGGCGUCAAUUACGCCAUUGGACCAAAAAAGUACGUAAACCGUUUGGUGCCCUGGUCAGUGGCGUGCGCGCCACGGGCGCCCCUGCCACCUCACCCGGUGAGGACGAUUUCGACGCUGGACCCGUGCAAGCGUGGUUGACGCAGUUGGUCAAGACGGCCCAGGGUAUAAAACAAAGUGCCUUGCCUGGGUACCCUCCAGACCAGGCAGAAAACCACCCGUACCACCCAGACCCAGCUUCACCCCCAGUGCCAAAAAGAAACUCAAGUUCACACCCCAGGUGAGCACCGACGAGUUGGCCAAAGAGUUGCCUUUUUCAGAGGAUAUUGCACCGAAACCUUGGGAUACCCCCACCUUAGCCGUCAAACGUAAAAUCAGAAAGAAAGCCGCUGCCGUAGCCAAAAAGAAAGCCGAAAGUCUGGCCAAGAAAGCCUUGGAUUGGAAAACGUGGAAAACCCCUUGAUGGGACGGACCGAGAGACGCCGUGCUGCGCCCCGAUCACGGCGACGACGACGACGGUUGCAACGUGGGGGAAAGUUAUUUGAUGUGCAAAAGCUCUUGAACAAGACGGGGAUGGAGUUUCAUUGGCCCGGCUAUCAGUACAUGGGACCUGGGACCCAUUUGAAAAAACGACUGGUCCGCGGUGAUCCAGGCAUCAACCGGUUAGACAGGAUUGCCAAAGCCCAUGACAUUGACUAUAGCAAGGCUAAGAACCUGAAAGACAAGUGGGCUGCCGAUCGCAAGAUGAUUGCCAAGAUUGAUCAACUCCCCGGCCGCAAAACCCUGACGGAACGUAUUGUUAAAAAUAUCAUGAAAGCUAAACUCAAGUUGGGCAUGUAA